AUGGACCCCACCGACGACCCCGUCAUCGCCUCCUACGACAUCUGCCUCACCGACUCAGAAAUCUCGCGCUACGUCCUCCAAUACCUCGACCGACCCACGGGCUCCGCAUAUGACGACCGCCACGGCCAGAAACCCACCUCCUUCCGCCUGAAGCCCAAGACGGGGCUGGUGGAAGUCGACGUCCCCAUCAACACACGCGUGAAUUACGAUGUCAGCAAGGGAUUGCGCUACGGUGAUGCAUUGAAGAAGAGCAAGAGUGCGCGCGAAGGCGGCGCGUUUGGUAUGGCGGGUGGGUUUAGUUCCGGGGGUGCUGGUGGUGCGCCGGCGAAGGUGAAGAUGGAGGAUGCGGCGGAUGCGAAGAGUGAGACGGCGUCGUUGAUGAGGGUGCAGACGCUGGGUGGGAGGAUAAAGAGUCCUGAGGAUGGCGAUCCGGUUUAUAUGUUGGCGGCUUUUAGGGGGGACAAGUUGCAUCUUUCGCCUGUUUCGGCUGUUGUGCAGUUACAUCCGCAGCUUCAUCACCUUGAUGCUUUGGAUGAGAUGCCUACGAAGGGCAAGGGGAAGGCGAGGAAGGAGGGCGAGGAGGAUCGUCCCGGUGAGAGCGAGGCUAGGGCUAUUGAUGUUAAGAUCAAGGCCGCGGAGGAUGGUGAGGCGGCGCAGGUUGCGGGCAAUCUGGAUCUUUUGAAGAAGAUGCAGGAUGAGAAGUGGAAGGAUUAUGAGUGGGUUGAUGCUGAGACUGAGGAGUCGUGGCAAUUGUACGAGAACUACAUGAUGCAUCAGGAUGUGGAUAGUCUGCCGCAGCUGCAGUCGGCGAUCGAUAGUGAGAGUUAUCUGGAUACGAUGAGUGCGCCGCGGAUUGAUCCUGCACGACCGGAGAUGACGGGCUGGGCUAUGAAACAGAACCGCAUGAAGCAGCGGGAGGAACAGCAGUCUGCUGAGAGGACAACGGAAGGGUGA